GCCCAGCGGGGAGAGACUUGAGGGACGGUCGAUAUGGGUUUUCCAUGGACUUUGUGGGUGUCAGUCAGAAGGAAUGUUAAUGGAGAGAAGAGAUCCUGCAAUUGUGUGAGCUCUGCUGGUUGUGGAGAAAAUGGGCUGGAAGCUCUACAGGGACGGAGUUGAGUUACCAACGUCAGAUUCUUUACCGUCCUAGAGUGCUGGACCUGACUUUUGGGGAGGGGGUUGCUCAGAAGCCUUCCGGCGAUGUGAGCGAGUUGGAGCCCCUGGUCCUGCGGAGGUGCUGGGAGCUGGUGGGUGUUCCAGUUCCUGGCUGAGGUUUGGGCAGGUGCCUUAAGCACUUGGAAAAGGGCUCUGAGGCUGGAGGCAGGUACAGGUAGACAGGUGGAGGGGGAUGCAAAAGUUUUGGCAUGGGACUUGAAAAAAGGUGGUGCGCUGAUUUGGGUGCUGCAGAACCAGUCUUCUAAUGACUCUGGAUGUCUGUCUCAUGUGUAAAGGGGUUGCUUUGGAUCUGAGACAUGGGAUAUCAGCUAUUGGGUUCUAAGAGGAAGGAUAGGGUGGGAGUUUGUGCUGUGCACAUCCCUCCCUAAGCUGGUGAAGGUGAGGAACACCGGGAGAGUGCUCUGGUGUCUGUACAGUCAGGUCUGUGUUAAAGCGGCCUAGGAUAAGGUAGAAGAGUGAAGUGUGGUUCCUAGGAAAUCACUGGGGCUGGAGACUCCUGGGAUGAUCGAAAGGAUUUUGUGUGCAUUGGAAGAUGGGCUAUGAUGAAUAUGUGAAGUGUCUCCUCAUCAGCGCAAGGAGAAGGUGGGUGAAGUCUGUGUUCCAGGCAUCAGACUUAGAAUCAGCUGGAUAUUGGGGAGGGUAAGGCUUGUCAGUGCUGGAAUGCAGUUUAGAGGUUGGGUAACAACUCGUAGGUUCCUGAGGAAGCCAAAGAGGAGCCCUCAUUAGAGCUCAGCUAUGACCCCGGGCCCCGUUUGUGCAGCAGAUAAUUUAGGCAAGUUUAGUAACUUCUGAGCCUUAGUUGUCUUCCAUGCAAUACUGUUCUGGGGAGUAAAUAAAGUCAAUGCAUACAAAGUGCUUAGCACAAUGCUGGUCAGUUUUUUUUUUUUUUUUUUUUAAGUAGUUUAAAAUGGUUAUAAGGUGACAAGAAUGACGGUGAGAGAUUUAUGCGAAUGUUGUGGCUGGGAACUGUUCUCAUUGUCAUUUUCUUUAUCUAUCUUCCUGGUUCUUUUGGUCUUGAGGCACCAGCCCAAAUUCCCUCAUUCCUUUCUACCUCUCCGAGGAUCCAGGUCCCAGACUGGACUACUUGCUUGGCCCUAGUUUGAUUUCCUCACCACCACCCCUCAAACCAUUCUCUGGCUGCGUGUCCCCCUCCUUACCCCUUUUCUGCAUUGUAAGGAGAGAGAUUCAGGCUCAGAAGGGGCCUGGGACCAAAGGUGCAUGUUCUUUCGCAGAACCUGGGCCUCCAGCUUGCCCGCCCCUGCACUUUGGUACCGGGCAGCAUCAGUGUACUGUUUGGGAGCGGGAAGACCGUGCCAAGAUCUGUAGAAAAGAGUCGAAGGGCUGGCAGCUGCGUCCUGCAGAGAGUCGCUGCCAUGGGGGCGGAGGAGACCCCCUUCCUCCUAAUCCUCUCUCCAGGAAUCCCUGGCUUUGGGACGGGACGCCUGUCGUUAAGUUGGGGGAGGCGUCCAGGCUGAGUGCAUGUCCUGGGCCACCAGCCAAGAGAACACGAUGUUCCCAAGUUCGCUGGCCGCCGCCCUCUCGGGCUGGCCGCCUCCCAAACCGCUGCCUCUCCAACCUCCCUGCCCCACAUUCCCUGGCUGCCUCGGCCCGCCUCCUUCCUCCGCCUUGACGUCACACUUGUCUCCCGCCCCCUCGCCUCCAUUGACGGCAGCAGAGCCUGGUAACUGUGGGGACGGUGAGGCCGGAAGACCUGGGCCUUAUGAGUAGGUGGAGGCUGUUGGGAGUGCCGAACUCUUUUUUUUAUGUGUAAAAGACAGAUGUGGAGGUGGGCGAGCAAGGACUGCCUGGGUCAGGGGAGAUCACAGCUAAAUCUCCCGAGGAGAGCAGGGGAGGAGAAAAGCUUCCAGAGAAGAGGUUCUGGAAAUGACACAGCUACAGAACCACACUGCAUGGGAGCGGGUGGGGUAGGGGUAGGGGACACAUAGCAUCAUUUUCAAGGGCAUGAGAAUCCAGGCUCCUGAAUCCUUUGUUUUCUUGCUUCGGUUUUUCUGGGUAAUUUUUAAAGGUUUUUUGUCCUCUUUCUCUUUCUCUUCCCUUUUCUUUUUCUUUCUAGGUUAUAACACCCUUACGUUCCAGCUCUUCCCCAGAGCCCUUCCCCGUCCCUAUCCUCCACUCAGGGGGCGCAGCCUUGUUAAAGGAAGCUUAGGUUGUGUGACUGAGGGGUAGGCACCCGCAUUGAUUUGUUAGAGGCUGCCUAGGGGGUGCUUCCCUGGCUACCCACGGUUCCAGGAGUCCCUGAGAGGAACUGCUGCAUUUAUUACGGUCUGGAUGAAGGAGCUAAGUAACAGUUAUGGAUGCAAAUUGGCACUUUAUUUCCCCAAGUCAAGCUUCUUUUUUAUUUUUUAGGGCCCAAUACUCUGCUUCUCCCUUUUUAAAAGAACUGACAGUUUUCAGGCCCCUCUCCACCUCUGAGCCUCCUUCCUUACUUCCCGUACCUAACCAUUUUACAAAAAAAGGUCAUUUUGUCAUGCUUAUCAGUCACCUGCCAUGUAUUGGGCUUCUGUCCUGGGCACUGGAGGAGAGUGUAGUGAUGGAGAAAUGAAGUCCCAGCUGAACCCCCCAAAUCUCACUUUUCCAAGCAGUGGGGAUAAAGCUCUCCCCCUUCUGCCUAGGGUUCCAGCUGGCCUCUUGUCAUGGCUGCCCUCUUCCUUCCUCUGUACCCCUACCUUCCUAGCCCUCUCUUUUGGGGCAGCCCUAGGUGUGGGUGGCUGGAUUCUUUGGAGAGGACUAGUCACCGUGUAGGCUGCGGGAGACCUAGUCUCUGAUUGGCUGUGAAAACACCUGCCAUUGUCUGCCUUCACCAUCUCCAUUGGCUCUGGCAGCCUCUUGCAUCGUCUGUACUCUCCCUCCACCCACUCACCUUCCAGUCACACGUGGACUCUCCAUUGCCCUUCUUUCAGGAUUGAAGUGUCAGAGGACUCACUUCAUUGUUAUGUAUUAUGACAAAGCCAAGGAAAGGCUAGCCCAGGAAAGGGCCAGCAGGGUUUGACCCCUACCCCCCGCCAGGACCCAGCCAUCUCAUCGAGUUUCGUCCAGCUCCCAAGGUGCUGGCUGUGAGCAGUAUUCUUAAUCCUCAGAGACAGAUCCUACUUACUCCCUCAGCCAGGCCUCAAGGCCCCUUGGUGCAUCUGCGGUAGCAUCUCCACCUUCUCUGUUCUGUUUUCCACAUGGCCCAGACAUGAGUGGCCCCUUAGAAGGGGCUGAUGGGGGAGGGGACCCCGGGUCAGGAGAAUCCUUUUGUCCUGGAGAAGUCCCGUCCCCUGGGCCCCCACAACACCGGCCUUGCCCAGGCCCCAGCCUAGCUGAUGACACCGAUGCCAACAGCAAUGGCUCAAGUGGCAAUGAGUCCAAUGGGCAUGAGUCCAGGGGUGCAUCUCAGCGGAGCUCACAUAGCUCCUCCUCUGGCAAUGGGAAGGACUCUGCCCUGUUGGAGACCACUGAGAGCAGCAAGAGCACAAACUCCCAGAGCCCAUCACCACCCAGCAGUUCCAUUGCCUACAGCCUCCUGAGUGCCAGCUCAGAGCAGGACAAUCCAUCUACCAGUGGCUGCAGCAGUGAACAGUCAGCCCGGGCGCGGACCCAGAAGGAACUCAUGACAGCACUUAGGGAGCUCAAGCUUCGACUGCCACCAGAACGUCGGGGCAAGGGCCGCUCUGGUACCCUCGCCACACUGCAGUAUGCGCUGGCCUGUGUCAAGCAGGUGCAGGCCAACCAGGAUUACUACCAGCAGUGGAGCCUGGAAGAGGGUGAGCCUUGUGCCAUGGAUAUGUCCACGUACACCCUGGAAGAGCUGGAGCACAUCACAUCUGAGUACACACUUCGCAACCAGGAUACUUUCUCCGUGGCUGUCUCCUUCCUGACAGGCCGAAUCGUCUACAUUUCUGAGCAAGCAAGUGUCCUGCUACGGUGCAAGCGGGAUGUGUUCCGGGGUGCCCGCUUCUCAGAGCUCCUGGCUCCCCAGGAUGUGGGUGUUUUCUACGGUUCCACUGCCCCAUCUCGUCUCCCCACCUGGGGCGCUGGGGCCUCUACAGGUUCAGGCCUCAAGGACUUCACUCAGGAGAAGUCUAUCUUCUGCCGGAUCAGAGGAGGUCCUGACCGGGAUCCAGGGCCUCGGUACCAGCCAUUCCGCCUAACGCCGUAUGUGACCAAGAUCCGGGUCUCGGAUGGGGCCCCUGCGCAGCCAUGCUGCCUGCUCAUUGCAGAGCGCAUCCACUCGGGUUAUGAAGCUCCCCGGAUCCCCCCUGACAAGAGGAUCUUCACCACACGGCACACACCCAGCUGCCUUUUCCAGGACGUGGAUGAAAGGGCUGCCCCGCUGCUGGGCUACCUGCCCCAGGACCUGCUGGGGGCCCCCGUGCUGCUCUUUCUGCACCCCGAGGACCGACCCCUGAUGCUGGCCAUCCACAAGAAGAUCCUGCAGUUGGCGGGCCAGCCCUUUGACCACUCUCCUAUCCGCUUCUGUGCCCGCAACGGGGAAUAUGUCACCAUGGACACCAGCUGGGCCGGCUUUGUACAUCCCUGGAGCCGCAAGGUGGCCUUUGUAUUGGGCCGCCACAAAGUACGCACAGCACCCCUGAAUGAGGAUGUGUUCACUCCCCCGGGCUCCAGCUCAGCUCUGUCCUUGGACUCUGAUAUCCAGGAGCUCUCGGAGCAGAUCCACCGGCUACUGUUGCAGCCUGUGCACAGCUCCAGCCCCACUGGGCUUUGUGGAGUCGGCCCUGUGGCAUCCCCAGGUCCUCUUCGUAGCCCUGGCUCCUCCAGCGACAGCAAUGGUGGGGACGCUGAGGGGCCUGGGCCUCCUGCUCCAGUGACUUUCCAGCAGAUCUGUAAGGAUGUGCAUCUGGUGAAGCACCAGGGCCAGCAGCUUUUCAUCGAGUCCCGGGCCCGGCCUCCUCCGCAACCUCGCCUCCCAGCUACAGGAACAUUCAAGGCCAAGGCCCUUCCCUUGCAGCCCCGAGACGCAGAGCCAGAGGCUGUCCCUGCUCCCAGCCAAGCCCCAUUAGCCUUGGCCCCUGAGGAGGCUGAGAGGAAGGAAGCUUCCGGCUGUUCCUACCAGCAGAUCAACUGCCUGGACAGCAUCCUCAGGUAUCUGGAGAGCUGCAACAUCCCCAGCACGACCAAGCGAAAGUGUGCCUCCUCGUCCUCCUAUACUGCCUCCUCAGCCUCUGACGAUGACAAGCAAAGGACAGGUCCAGUCCCCGUGGGGGCUAAGAAAGAUUCACCAUCAGCAGUGCUGGCUGGGGAGGGGGCUGCUCCUCGGAAGGAACCGGUGGUGGGAGGCACCCUGAGCCCGCUCGCUCUGGCCAAUAAGGCAGAGAGUGUGGCGUCUGUCACCAGUCAGUGUAGCUUCAGCUCGACCAUCGUCCAUGUGGGAGACAAGAAGCCCCCGGAGUCGGACAUCAUCAUGAUGGAGGACCUGUCUGGCUUAGCCCUGGGCCCGGCCCCAAGCCCAGCCCCCAGCCCCACCGUAGCUCCUGAUCCAGCCCCAGAUGCCUACCGCCCAGUGGGUCUGACCAAGGCCGUGCUGUCCCUGCAUACACAGAAGGAAGAGCAAGCCUUCCUCAGCCGCUUCCGAGACCUUGGCAGGCUGCGUGGACUUGACAGCUCUUCCACAGCCCCCUGGGCCCCUGGCGAGCGAGGCUGCCAUCACAGCCCCACGCCCCCCAGCCGCCGGCACCACUGCAGAUCCAAAGCCAAGCGCUCACGCCACCAUCAGACCUCCAGGGCCGAAGCCCCCUGCUAUGUCUCCCAUGCCUCAUCUGUGCCCCCCUCUGGUCCCUGGCCACCCCCACCAGCUGAUUCCACCUUCCCAGCAGUGGUCCAGCCCUACCCCCUCCCAGUGUUCUCCCCUAGAGGGAGCCCCCAGCCCCUUCCCCCUGCCGCCUCCUCUGUGCCCCCUGCUGCUUUCUCGGCCCCCCUGGUGACCCCAGUGGUGGCCUUGGUGCUCCCUAACUAUCUGUUUCCCACCCCAUCCAGCUACCCCUAUGGGGUACAUCAGGCCCCUGCUGAGAGCCCUCUCACUCCUGCCUCCCACUCACCCUCACCCUCCCUGCUGCCGCUGCCCCCAAGCCCCCCACACCGCCCGGACUCCCCACUGUUCAACUCAAGAUGCAGCUCUCCACUCCAGCUCAAUCUGCUGCAGUUAGAGGAGCCCUCCCGCACUGAGGCGGGUGCUGUUGCAGGGGGGCCUGGGAGCAGUGCUGGGCCCCCACCUCCUAUUGAGGAGGCCGCAGAGCCGGAGACCAGACUGGUGGAGGUAACCGAGUCCUCUAACCAGGAUGCGCUCUCUGGCUCCAGUGACCUGCUGGAGCUGCUGCUUCAAGAGGACUCUCGCUCUGGCACAGGCUCAGCAGCUUCGGGCUCCCUGGGCUCUGGCUCGGGCUCUGGCUCAGGCUCAGGCUCCCACGAAGGUGGCAGCACCUCAGCCAGCAUUACUCGAAGCAGUCAGAGCAGCCACACAAGCAAGUACUUUGGCAGCGUUGAUUCUUCAGAGGCUGAGGCUGGGGCUGCUCAGGCCAGGGCUGAGCCUGGGGACCAGGUCAUUAAGUAUGUGCUCCAGGAUCCCAUCUGGCUGCUCAUGGCCAAUGCUGACCAGCACGUUAUGAUGACUUACCAGGUGCCCUCCAGGGACAUGGCCUCUGUGCUGAAGCAGGAUCGGGAGCGGCUCCGGGCAAUGCAGAAGCAGCAGCCUCGGUUCUCAGACGACCAGCGGCGGGAACUGGGUGCUGUGCACUCCUGGGUUCGGAAGGGCCAGCUGCCUCAGGCCCUUGAUGUGACGGCCUGUGUGGACUGUGGUAGCAGCACCCAAGACCCUGGCCACUCUGAUCACCCACUGUUCUCAGACCUGGAUGGACUGGGGCUGGAGCCUAUGGAGGAGGGUGGAGGCGGGGGCGAGGGCGAGGGUGAGGGUGGCGAGGAGCCCAGGGCCCAAACGGGGGCCAAGGUCUCCGGCUCUCAGGACUCAGCCAUGGAGGAGGAGGAACAAGGUGGCAGCUCAUCCAGUCCAGCCUUACCUGCUGCAGAAAAUGGCACCAGCUAGACUCCGUUAGGGGGCCACUCCCUGGGGCCCUCGGAGAGGCUUCCUUUUCCCGUGUUGCUACUUACAUGUGGCUGGACCAACCAGUAGGAAACUGCCCCAGCUUCUCCCUCUGUAGGGGGCAGGACCCCCAUCACCAGCCCAGGAUCCAGGGGCUGCUUCUGGCCUCUUAGGGAACAGAGGGUGGAACUUUUCAGCCCAGCUCAGAGGAGUGUCACCUCCCUCUCCUGGGAGUCUGUUCCCCUGGGUAACGUUGCUGAUAAGCUACCGAAUUGUUCUCUCCAAAUCCCAGCUGAGCCUGAACCUGGUCCCGAAGGUUGGGGCUGCACUUAUUUAUUGGGGCGGACAGCUGGCCCUCCUGCUGCUUUCCCAUGUGGCCCAAGCAGCAUCCGAGGGUUUGAAUGCCUAGCUGCUCCGGGUGGAGGAGGUUGGUGGACCAUGGUGUCCCUGGUGCUGCCCCUCAGGUGGGACCCAGGCGUUCUCAGCUCUACCCUCUACCAAUGGCAUUUGUGUUUUUGAUAUUGUGUCUGUUAUUUUUUAAUACAAAAAGAAAACAAUCAGGA